GGUGAGGAUUUCCCAAAUCAUAAACCAGCAGGUAAACUGCGGCGCGGAGAUCUGAAGGAUUCUCGCAUAAACGAGGGGGGAGGCAAGGGACAAAGGGGAGGGCGAUCAAACUUCCCGCUCCCUCCAAACUCCCCUUUCGCGGAGAUCUGAAGUAUUCUCGCAUAAACGAGGGGGGAAAGGCGAUCAAACUUCCCGCUCCUCUCCAAACCCCCCUUUCCUCCUCUGCCAGAGCUCUUCGCGCCGCUGCCUCUAGGGUUUGGCGCGACAAAAUCUCGAGAUCCCUAGCCGUCUCGCCUCGCCUCCACGCCAUGAAGCGGAAUGAACACUUUGAUGAGUCACCAGAGCCAAAGCAUCGGAAGAUUAGCAAUCAAUCUGACAGUUCUGUUUUACCCCCCAGUACCGAGUGGGAUGCAAAUUUGGAUGCGCCGCCAGUUCAUUAUCCAAAGAAUAAGAAGAUUGACACUGGAUCUGAUAGUUCACUACCAGAGCCUGCUGUUCUUUCCCAUACUGAGGCUUUCACUACAGGGAAUAAGCGAGGAGCUUCUAAAACUUAUCAAAAUGGUCCCAUUCCUAUCUCAGAAAGCUCUGGAACUAAUGGGGAUCUUCCACAAGACCCAAUGGAUGAUUCUUAUCAGAUGUCAAUAUCAAAUCAGUCUCAGCGGGUGCGGAAGUUACACCGCAGAGAACUUGUUGAUUUCCUCAUAAGAGAUACAGAAGCUAUAUCCUGUCAAGAAUUGAUGACUUUUAUUGGUGAAUCACCAUCGGUAGAAGUAAUCACUAUACCGGGUGCUGUUGCUGAGAUUUAUGGGAAAGACAUUAAGCCUUCGGACACUCUGAAGCAUGCUUCUUUGAAGCUAGCAAAUUACUUCUCUGCUCUUCAACUAUCAGGAUGGAGCUUGUGCGGUAAGUUUAAAAUUUCAGACAUACUGGUCACGCCGCUUGGUGAUAUCCGUAUGAGGACAAGCAUGCUUCGGUCUUUAAGACCUCAGUCUCACCGAAGAAACAGGAAAGACUUUCGAUGUCUAGCCAGAAUGUUCCUGAAACUUCUAGAAGGAGUCAACAGAAUUCCUGAUGGUUAUAUUCUUUUCCUUAAGCGCUUGAAGAUUUUUUCAGAGAAAGACCGUUUAUUGGUCACUCAUUACCCAGCUAAUAUGACGGAACAGGAAAGGUUAUCUCUUCUUGAUAAACUCUACAGGAGUUAUGAGGCUCUCCCGGAAAAUGAUGAGAGGUUAAAGGUUAUCACUGCCGGUGUUCCUUACUGUGACCCUGAGGAAAGGGGUCAUUGGUUUGGCAGGGCCAGGACCAAUGUCUUCUUGACAGAAGUAUUGGAGUAUAGAAAUCCACCAUGGUUAGCUCUUCCUGCAAAUAAUGAUAAGCCCUUGUUCCCACCAACUGGUCGUGGCGUCCUCAAGCAUUGUAGGAACUCAGUUCAACAUGCGUUUAAGGGAAUGGGCACAGAAAUAUUGGAUCCUAAGAUGGAAGAAAGGGGUGAGAAUAAGGAUACUAAGAAGAAAAAGAGGAGACCACCGAAGAAGCAGCGCAAGAAGCUAGGAAAGCCUGUUCGAGUCCAGAAAUUCAGAGCAAUUCAAGUAGAUCACAUGAUCAGGAAGGCUUAUCCUGGUCUGCUGUGCAAAUUUACAGAGCUUAUGAGUGAUGCUGGAUUGCUAGAAGAGUUGAUUCAGUUUCUAGCACUUCCAAUAUCAGAAGCUCCAGCUAGAGAAUCAGAGCGAUGAAGCUUCACUAAAACUACUGGACCUAUGAAAUGUUCCCAGAUCCUUUCAGUAACUUGUAUAUUCAGAUUCUGCAACUGACAGCGCCAUGGAGAGUCAACUCAGCUGGUAACCUGAUUCAACACCCGAAAGUUGGCCUACCUUGUAAACUAAUUCUGCAAUUAAGAGUUAGCUUAGUCUGUAACCUGAUACUACUACUGAGAGUCAGCUCAGUUUGUAGUACUUCGUAACCAGUUUCCGCAACUGAGUCAGCUCUGGUUGUAACUUGAUUGAUUCCGCAGAUGAGAAUCAGCUAAGUUUGUAAUCUGAUUACGCAACUGUUAGCUCAGAUUGUAACCUGUCUUUCGCAACUGUGAGUUAGCUCAGUUUUAUAAAACACUA